UCAGUGUUCCAUUUCUGUUUUUUCCUCCCCCAUUUCCUAAUCUUGCUUUUUUCUUUCUGUGAGUUACUCUUGAGUAAUUAGAGCAGUGUUUUCUUCUUGCGUAAGAUGUCCAGAGCUAUUAAAUACGUUUAAAAAUCGGUGGAGCACUGCGUGACUUCAAAGGUGAAGAUGGAAGUGCUAAAAAAAGUUCCAGCAAAUUUGUUGCUGUUCUCCUUUCUCAUGUUCUUCAGCAUUGCUGUAGAGCCCCAUGCUCAAAUCAGGGAAAUCUACAUUGCAGCAGUGGAGUUUGAAUGGGAUUACCUGCACAGCGAAUAUUUGGAUUCUUUCCCAUCACAAAGCAAAAAACCUUUUUGUUCUCCAGAUGACUUACAAGAUACUGUAUUGAGAAAUUUACUUUACCCCUGUGUCCCAGGAAUUCAAGGUCCAGUGAUAGCUGCUGAAGUCAUGGACAAAGUUGUAGUUCACUUUAAGAAUUUUGCUUCCCGUCCCUACAGUGUUCAUCCCAUUGGGAUCUCCUAUUGGAAACAAUCAGAGGGUGCAGGUUAUAAUGAUGAGACAUCCACACAGGAGAAAGAGGAUGACAUUGUAGCUCCUGGGGCCUAUUACCGUUAUGUUUGGGAUAUUGCACCUACCAUUGGUCCCACACCAGAGGAUCCAGAUUGUCUAACUUACUCCUACUCUUCACAUGUAGACAUUGUGAAGGACUUCAAUUCUGGUCUCAUCGGAGCCUUACUCAUCUGCAAAUCAGGGACACUAAACACUGAUCGACACCAAAACGUUCAGGAGUUCAUUGUGCUUUUAUCUUUAUUUGAUGAAACAAAAAGCUGGUAUGGAGAUGGAGAGACCUUCAAGGAAAAAAUCCAGAAUCUAAGACCCAGAGUUCAAAAACAGUAUCACACUAUCAAUGGAUAUGUCAACGCUUCCUUGCCUGGUCUUAAAGCAUGCCUAAAAAAGAAAAUCGUUUGGCAUUUUAUUGGCAUGGGUACCACACCAGGAAUCCAUUCAAUUCGAUUCCAGGAUCACACGUUGCAAGUGAAUAACCACAGGAAAAUGACCUUGGAUGUCACAUCCUUGACUUUCACCACAGCAGAGAUGAAACCUAUGGCUAUUGGGAAGUUCCUUAUAUACUGUCAGAUACACUCUCACCAACAAGCUGGCAUGAGUGCAUACUUCAGUGUGGAGAACUGUCCUGAGGAGAAGAUGGUGAGAAAAAUGAGCCAUGAUUUUGAUGAAGAUGAAUUUGACAUAGAAAGUCUGUCUAAUGUUAUUGUCAUAGACGUCACAAAUCCACAGGCAAAAAUACGAUCUUCAGCAAAACUAAAACCCAAGAAAUGGGUGCAUUACAUAGCAGCUGAAGAAGUAAUUUGGGAUUAUGCUCCACAGACCCCCAGUGAAAAAGACAGAAUUUUGUCAUCUGAGUAUUUAGAGAGAGGUCCACAUCGCAUAGGAAAACAGUAUAAGAAAGCUGCUUAUUUUGAAUAUGAAGAUAAAACUUUCAGUAAGCUUAAAGCUACAGUAGGAGAAAAGGGAAUUGUGGGGCCUGUUUUACGAGGAGAAGUUGAAGAUGAAUUUGAGAUCAUUUUUAAGAACCUAGCCAGUCGCCCUUUCAACAUCUACCCUCAAGGGCUCAUCAGCAUCCAUCCACGUGUGGAAAAGGAGUCGUUAAAGGGAAAGGACCUUAGGAGUUAUGCCGUACAGCCUAAUGAAACAUUCGCCUACGUGUGGAAAAUAACCCCUGAAGAUGGGCCAACCAAGGCAGACCCUCAGUGCCUAACCCGGUUCUACCAAAGCACCAUUGACCCCAUCCGGGACACAGCAUCAGGGCUCUUGGGACCACUGAUCAUCUGCUCCAAGAAAACCCUUGACAUGCGAGGCAAUGUGAUAUCAACAGAUCGAGAGAGACACUUGAUGUUUUCCAUUUUCGAUGAAAACAAGAGCUGGUAUAUCAAUGAAAACAUUCAGAAAUUCUGCAAGUCGCCUUCCAGUACUGAUCUAACAGAUCCAGAGUUUUAUAACUCUAAUGUGAUGUACAGUGUGAACGGUUAUAUGUACAACAACCUUCGUUUCACAGUUUGUCUGAAAGAUGUUGCAUUCUGGCAUGCAAUAAAUGUAGGAACCGAGAGUGAUUUUCUCUCAGUCUAUUUCACUGGAAACACUUUUGAACAAGACAAGGUGUAUAAAACAGUUUUAACCCUUUUCCCCAUGACAGGGGAAACUGUCAGCAUGGAACCUGAGACAUUAGGUGAAUGGGAGAUAGGAGCUUUUAAUGACAAUUUUAAAAAACGAGGUAUGAGUGCCAAAUAUAUCGUUAAGAAAUGUGAUCCUCCUGUAGGAGAUUAUGAUUAUGACCUGGAGUAUUACAUUGAUGAAGAGUUUUCCCCCAGAGGAGCUGGCAGGAGAAACAAGACAUUGUCCAUCAAAGUGUGCAAAAAAGCCCGCAGCAAUAAAUCACAACUAGCAAUAGAUGGCACAGCAGUGACCAGUAAGCCAAAUUGUGAAGUAAAAAACUACAUUGUGACUCUUAAAGGGAAUCGUCUAGGGACUUUAAAAGAACAAAUGGAUAUUCGUUCAGAGAUCAUACAAAAGCUAAGUAAUGUCAAUGCAGCUCAACAAAAAGUGAAAAAAAGGGACACACCAGAAGAGAGUACAACCAGUACUGUUAACCUGGAAGAGAUGGAAGAGUCUUUUUCAAUGGAUGAAGACUUUGCAUUGCCUCUAACAUCCAUCCACAGUCAAAUGCAUGAGACAGGCAUAACCAAAAUUAGAACUCCUAACCUUCAGCCGACUGAUCUGGGUGAGGUGGUCGCUAAAGAAAAACUAGGGUCUGGUUCAUGGGACAGAUUUGGAUCUGAUGAGCUAACAAAAAAUGUGUCAUCUUCUGAGAAGCACCAGGUUCUUACUGCAGUUAGUUCAACAGAUUCUAAGCAAGGCCCAAAUGCCAACAGACCAGAAGAGAAGCCUAAUCAAAUCCGGCCAAGCAGUGCAGAAUUCCAAGAGAAUCCAACGAAUAUGUCUUUGCCUUUUUCUGAUGAGAUUCACAUCAAUAGGUCUAGGAUUCUAGUGAUACAUCACAUAGAAUCUGAUGAGGUGUUAGAAAAUACAGAGCUCUUAAAAAAACACACUAAUGUAACCAUGCCGCCCACUAUAAAGGUGCAAGAUAUUGGGAAAUCAUCACUUGAUGAAAAUCUAAUGCUACUGGACAGCAGAAGAAAGAUUAAAAGAGAAGGAGAUACAACUGAUCAGUCAGAAAGUCUGAAAAUCACCACUGCUCCCCCAUAUAGCAAUGCAAGUAAAGUUUCUACUACUUACCUGAGUAAAGACGGCAGCCAGGCUAGUUACAACACACUUGAAGAGUCACCUGUGGGUGUUAAGCUAUAUAAGUUGUUAAGUGGAAAGCACUUGCUGAAACGAGACACCGGAGAAGAGGACAAAUCUGAGGUAAAAAAAACUACAGAGCAGCCACAUGAGAAUCAGGUCUUAGAAGUCGAGCCCUCUCACAAGCCGGAAAAUUUCAGCAUGUCCGGUAAAAUGCAAAAAAGCACUAACAGUUCACACGACACACAAAAACAUACACAAGAGAAACCAAAUCUCAACUAUUCCAACAUAAGCAUUGUCUCUGAUUAUGAUGAUUAUAAUGAAGGGGAAAAUGAUACAAUGAAUGACUUUGAUAGCAAUGAUGAUGAAGGUAUAGAUGUACGCUCUUCAGAUGGGAUAUCACGGAAUUUUUUCAUUGCUGCUGUCGAAGUGAUGUGGGAUUAUGGCAUCAAAAAACCACAGCAACUUAUAAAACCCAGAGAGAUGAGAAUGGGAUGGCAGAAGUUUUUCCCAGAAUACAAAAAAGUGGUGUUCAGGAAAUAUGUAGACAGCAGUUUCAAACAGCAAGCGACUCGUGGGGAAUUGGAAGAGCACCUUGGAAUUUUAGGGCCAGUUAUCAGAGCUGAAAUCAAUGACAUCAUAACUGUCACUUUUAAGAAUCUGGCUUCCAGACCCUAUUCUUUCCAUCUUCAUGGUGUUUAUGAUAAAAUGCAAAAUGAGCUUCAUGGGAAGGCUGGAGGAGACAAUGAAGAGGCUGUGCAGCCGAAUGAGAUACAAACAUACAGCUGGAAAGUCACCAGGACACAGGGUCCUUCUGCAAAGGAGUUUGACUGCAAAGCCUGGGCAUAUUACUCCAACCUCAAUAUGGAGAAGGAUAUCAACUCUGGCCUGAUUGGUCCUCUGUUGAUCUGCAAACCCAAUACCCUCAGCAGGGUUUAUGAGCGUCAACUAGGUAUUCAGGAGUUCACCCUUCUCUUCACUAUGUUCGAUGAAACCAAGAGCUGGUACAUGGAUGAGAACAUCAAGAAUUUCUGUUUGCCACCCUGCAAGGCUAAAAGAAAUGAUCCCCUUUUUCAAAAGACCAACACAUUUUCUGCGAUCAAUGGGUAUGUUGCAGAGACUCUCCCAGGCCUCGUAGUGGCACAGUAUCACACUGUCCGUUGGCAUCUGCUUAACAUGGGCAGCAGUGGUGAAGUUCAUUCUGUACACUUUCACGGGAACCCCUUCACAGAACGAACUGACCAGGAACACAGGAUGGGAGUCUACACCCUAUAUCCUGGUGUCUUUGGAACAGUCGAAAUGAGGCCAGCAAUGGUGGGAACCUGGCUUGUAGAGUGCAUGAUUGGUGAAUACCAGCUGUCAGGAAUGAGAGCAAAGGUCCUCGUCUACAAUCCAAGAUGUGCCCAACCUCUGGGGAUGCAGACCGGGAGGAUAACUGACUCUCAGAUCAUCUCCUCUGGAAAUUAUGAUGAUUGGAAGCCCGGGUUGGCGAGACUGGAAUUGUCUGGCUCGGUUAAUGCUUGGAGUGGACUGGACAAGACGUCAUGGAUUCAGGUUGACCUCUUGAAACCAACAAUAAUACAUGGAAUCAGAACCCAGGGUGCAAGACAACGUUUCUCAGAGAGUUUCAUUUCUCAGUUUGUCAUAUCUCACAGCUUGGAUGGUGAAGUGUGGAAAACCUACAAAGGGAACAGCACAAUUUCAGAACAGAUAUUUGGAGGAAAUUUUGAUUCCUCAAGUAUAAAGGAGAACUAUUUUUCCCCUCCUAUAAUAGGCCGCUUUAUCAAACUGCAUCCCGUGAACUUUCAGAAGCGUCCCACACUUCGCAUGGAAUUAAUUGGCUGUGACCUGAACAGCUGUUCAUUGCCCUUGGGGAUGGAGAAAGGCCUGAUUCCUGCAAAUCAAAUCACUGCUUCGUCAUUUUUAGAUGCCACAUUUUCAUCUUGGAAGCCUUCUUUGGCUCGUUUGAAUUUAAAUGCAAGAGUCAAUGCUUGGAGACCUAAGGCCAAUAACCCACACGAGUGGCUCCAGGUGGACUUUGCUGAGAUGAAGAGGAUCACAGGAAUCAUCACCCAGGGGGCCAAGUCUUUUUUAAGCCACAUGAUGGUGACGGAGUUCACGAUUUCAAUCAGUUUGGAUGGGGCAGCCUGGUCGGCUGUUCAGGAAGACAUGAGCUUAAAAGAAAAGGUGUUCCAAGGGAAUACCAAAAACCAAGAUCAAGUCCUGAACACUUUCGAUCCCCCAUUGUUUACCAGAUACAUAAGGAUUCAUCCUAAAGGCUGGUAUAAUGAUAUUGCCUUAAGAGUGGAGUUCCUGGGAUGUGACACACAACAGUGACUUUUUUAAUUUACUACAACAACGAAAACAUGUUUUUUUGAAGUUGCAUACUAUCUAAUGUACAAUCUUUAUAACUUAACACAGUACUGCUCAGAUCUGUCAGAUCAAUGUUAUAAUGGAAGAAACAAAUAAUCUUGUUCUUCACAAAAAGAAAGCUAAAACCUCCAAAAAUAUCAUUUUCUAUGACAAAACAUUAGUGUGUUACAAAGGUUUACUUCAAGGAAAAUGUUGCCCAUAUAUUGAUAUAUUUGUGUAUCUGUUUAUUUUCACAAUGCUUUAAUUCAAUGAUGUGUUUGUUUGUUUUCCAUUUUGAUCUCCUAGUGUUUGUUCAUUAAGCUGAAUGUUGUAUUUGAUAAUAGACGGGCUUAAGAACAGGUUUCUGUUUUUCAUAUUUUAUUUAAUUUAUAAACAAUAUACUCAGAAGAACAUUUUUAGCCAAACUCCCAGCUGCUUUUUGCUUUAUGAGCAACAAUAUGUAAAGAAGUGACACCAACGUUCUUCGGCUAUUGGAUCCUUUGUAAUUUCUUUCCUUCUUCUUAAAAUGGUUUUAGGUUUUGUUCAUAUAGUUCAAUAUUUCUUGAGCAUUUUUACAAGUUUGGCUGUAUUAAGUACAUAUUUUAUAACCUGCUGCACUCAGUAAAUGAAAAACUAAAAAUGCA